AUUUUUUUUUCGUCUUUUUAUAAUUAAAACCCUUAAUAUAAAACAUGUCUGGUCUUGAUUCGCUCGUGUACAAGUAUUUAUUAGAUAACGGUCAAACCGAAGCCGCUAACGCCUUAAAGGCUAAGAACCCCUCGGUUGCUACCAAGAAGACCAAGAAAGAUUUAAAGAAAAUUUACAAUGAAUUCGAAACUAAGGCUACCGAUGCCUCUUCUUCUUCUUCUUCUUCUAGCUCUUCUUCUGACAGUUCUUCCAGCUCUGACAGUUCCGAUGAUGAAAAAGACGUUGAAAUGAAGGAAGCAACCGAAGACGUUGUUAUGAAGGAAGCAUCCGAUAGCAGCAGCAGCAGUGACUCCUCUGAUUCCGAAGACGAGGAAGAAGUAAAGAAGGUCGAGUCUUCUUCCAGCAGCAGCAGCAGCUCUUCCGAUAGCGAUUCAUCUGACGAAGAAGAAGUUAAGAAGGCCGCCAUUGAGGAAAAGAAGGCCGAAUCAUCCAGCUCAUCCAGCAGUAGCAGCUCUUCCGAUAGUGAUUCCUCUGAUGAAGAAGAGGAGGAAGAAAAGAAGGUUGUUGAGGAAAAGAAGGCUGAAUCUUCUGACAGCUCAUCUUCAUCUGACAGUUCAUCUUCUGAUAGCUCUUCCGAUGAUGAAGAGGAAACCAAGGUUGAAGAAGUUAAGAAGGCUGAAUCCAGCUCUUCAUCUUCAUCUAGCAGCAGCAGCAGCAGCAGCAGCAGCAGCGAUUCUUCAUCCGAUGAAGAAGAGGAGACCAAGGUUGAAGAAGUUAAGAAGGCCGAAUCCAGCUCAUCUUCCAGCAGCAGCAGCUCCAGCAGCAGCGAUUCUUCCUCUGACGAAGAAGAGGAGGAGGUCAAGAUUGUUGAGAUCAAGAAGGCUGAAUCCAGCUCAUCCUCUAGCAGCAGCGAUUCAUCAUCUGACGAAGAAGAGGAAGCCAUUGUUGAAGAACCCAAGGCUAAAUCCAGUUCUUCAUCUUCAUCCAGCAGCAGCAGCAGCAGCAGUGAUUCUUCCUCCGAUGAAGAGGAGGAAGUCAAGGUCGAUGUCAAGGUUGCAUCCAGCGCCUCUUCAUCUUCAUCUUCAUCUUCUAGCAGCAGCAGCAGCAGCAGCAGUGACUCAUCUGACGAUGAAGAAGUCAAGGUUGUUGUUAAGGAAGAACCCAAGAAGGAAGAUUCAUCUGAUAGCGAUUCAUCCUCAUCCGAUAGCGACUCUGACGACGAAGAAGUUGUUACUGUCACCACCACCACCACUACUACAUCUACCAUCGCACCCAGCGAGUCCAGUGACUCUAGCGAUUCUAGCGAUUCCAGUGACAGCGAUUCCAGUGACUCUAGUGAUUCUAGUGACUCUAGUGAUUCUAGUGACUCUAGCAGCGAUUCAAGUGAUUCAAGCGAUUCUAGCGAUUCCAGUGACUCUGACAGCGAUUCUGACAGUGAUGAUGAGGACGUUUCUAUGGCUGAAGCCGAGAUCAGCAACAAGCGUAAGGCCGAAGAGGACAUUGAGCAACCUAUUGUCAAGAAGGCUGACACAACAAGGUAAAGAAAAGAGCUCCUUUUGGAAUAUAUGGAUGCGGGGUGAAAGAUGUAUAUAUGUGUAGAGAAUAAAAAUUAAUU